CCGAACGGUUGUGCCAUGUGUCCGAUUACCACAGUUCUGUUCCUGCUGGUGGCCCUCCUGGCCUUGAUCUAUGUUUUCCUCACAUGGAACUUUAACUACUGGAAGAAGCGAGGUAUACCCACGGCCAAGUCAUGGCCAUUUGUGGGCAGCUUUCCCAGCAUUUUCACCCAGAAACGGAACAUGGUCUACGAUGUGGAUGAUAUCUAUGAGCAGUACAAGAACACGGACAGCAUUGUGGGAGUGUUCAACACGCGGAUGCCACAGCUUUUGGUCCUGAGUCCCGAGUACGCCCAUCAGAUAUUUGUUACAGAUUUCAGAAGUUUCCACGACAACGAGAUGGCCAAGUUUACCAACAAAAAGGUGGACAAGAUCCUGGCCAACAAUCCCUUUAUAUUGACGGGUGAGGCCUGGAAGGAAAGGCGUGCCGAGGUUACCCCAGGACUUUCGGCCAAUAGGGUUAAAGCCGUCUAUCCUGUGUCACAAAACGUUUGCAAGAAGCUAGUUGACUUUAUCAAGCGGCAGCAGCGUAUGGCCUCCUCGGAGGGUUUGAAUGCCAAGGAUGUGUGCCUGUGCUUCACCACCGAGGUGGUGUCCGACUGCGUCCUGGGCAUCUCCGCGCAGAGCUUCACUGACAAUCCCACUCCCUUGGUGGGAAUGAUUAAGCGCGUCUUUGAGCAGUCCUUUGGAUUUAUUUUCUAUACCGUAGUAGCCAAUCUUUGGCCUCCGAUUCGCAAGUUCUACUCUGUGGGCCUGUUUGCCAAGGAUGUUGAGGAGUUCUUCUUUGACAUAAUGAAGAAGUGCAUCCAGUUGAGACGGGAAAAUCCAGUGCAGCAGCGCGAUGACUUCCUCAACUAUAUGCUGCAGUUGCAGGAGAAGAAGGGAUUGGAUACUGUGGAGUUGACCUCGCACACGAUGACUUUCUUGACGGACGGCUUUGAGACCACAGCCCAGGUAUUGUCCCAUAUCCUGCUUAUGCUGGCGCGCAAUCCCAAGGAGCAGCAGCGAUUGAGGGAGGAAAUUGGUACAGGAGAGCUAAGCUUUGAGGAGUUGAGUGAGCUGCCUCUCAUCGAGGCCUGCAUUCAUGAAACUGUGCGAAUUUUUCCACCUCUCCUGACUGCCCGCAAAGUGGUUACCCAGCAGCAUGAGUUUGUGAACAAAAAUGGCGUGAGCGUGAAGGUUUAUCCCGGAGAUGUGGUCAUCAUUCCAGUCAACGCUUUGCACCAUGAUCCUCAGUACUAUGAACAUCCGGAGUCUUUCAAGCCAGAACGCUUCUUGGAGGUUAAUGGUGGAUCCAAGAAAUUCAGGGAUCAGGGCAUUUACUUUGGUUUUGGCGAUGGACCACGCAUUUGUCCAGGCAUAAGGUUCGCCGUCACCCAAAUUAAAGCAGCUCUGGUGGAGAUCCUAAGGAACUUUGACAUCAAGGUUAAUCCCAAGACCCGUACUGAUAAUAAGUUCGAUGAUACCUACUUUAUGGCUGCUCUUAAGGGAGGCAUUUUCCUUGACUUCACUGAGCGCCAGUAGAUCCUGGACAUA